UUUAUGGUCCCUCAACACAAUUUUACCAAGAGUCCAUUGACGGAAAUUCCAUUGACGGAAGGUCCAUUGACGAAACAGCCGUGCCACUUUUUGCUUUGACAAAUUAGAGUCUAUUGAAGUUCUUUUAAGAGUAAAGAAGAGUAUUUUUGUAAAGAUGUUUUGAUCAUCCGUUAGAAAAAAAUUCAUUUUAAUGAGACAAAUAAUUGUAAUUAUCCUAAAACGUCUAAUAAGUGCCUUAUUUGCUCUUUGUGGAAUAAUCCGACGUGUAUUCACUUGCCAAUGGAUCAGGCGUAAUCAACAAAGGAUUGGGGAACUUCCAACAUUUAUUACAAACAAAAGGGAGAAUUUAGACGAAUUUACUGGAGGUUGGUCAAGUUGGAAUGAAAAUCCCUCUGCUGUUCUAACAACAGAUACAUCCUCCCAAAUUGAAGAAUAUAGAAAACAGAUGCAGGCUAACCUCUUAGCUGCUAGAUCUGCCAAAAAGAAAUUUAAUCCUUCACAAAAUAGUUUAAAUAAUGGAAAUAAUUUACAAAAAGUUGUGAUAGAACCUGAUUUAUUUGAUGAAAUUCAACCUCAAGUUAAGGCUCCUAAAAGAUUAUUGAUCAGACAGUCACAAAAUGAACAACAAAGAAAUUUGUUUGAAAUGAGAGAUUGUGAUACUCCAAUAGAGGAGAUGUUGAAUGAGAGGCCUGGAGAACUUGGCCAACUAGUCGAAAGCCACAUAGACAAUGAGGACGUGUCUAAUUGGUUAUCUGAUGAGGACAAUAUAAAUUUUGAACAAUUAAAUUCUGUUGAACAAGAACAAAAAAGAAGAGAACGAGAAAUGAGGAAACAACAACGGCAAACAGAACAUUCAAAACAGUUGGAAAACAAAAAACGUUUACUGGAACAAAAACAAAUGGGAAGUUCGAAAGCUUUAUAA